CAGCAGCAUCAGCAGCAUCAGCAGCGGGCGAGGCGCGUGGCGGCUGCGCAUCCCGGGAGCAGCGGCGCUGCGCCGGCACUUUCUUCUCUGACGGGAGCGGAGGCGUGUGGCGGGCAUGGAGAGCAAGAAGAAGAUAACGUGCCCGCUUGUCACUGCUGUGUUUGUUGCUGUCAUUGGAUCUCUCCAGUUUGGGUACAACACGGGAGUCAUCAAUGCUCCUGCAGCGGUUAUCAAAGAAUUUUUUAAUGAAUCAUGGGUGGAGCGGUCAGGCUCCCCGAUGUCCGAACCACUGCUGACCUCACUAUGGGCACUCUCUGUGUCAAUUUUCUCAGUCGGAGGGAUGCUUGGCUCUUUCUCUGUUGGACUUUUCGUCAACCGAUUUGGCAGGCGAAACUCUAUGUUGCUGGUGAAUAUUUUGCCCAUUUCAGGAGGCAUUUUGAUGGGCUUCUCCCGAAUGGCAAACGCUUUGGAAAUGUUUAUUGCUGGCCGGCUUGUUGUUGGUAUCUACUGUGGCCUCUGCACUGGCUUUGUGCCCAUGUAUAUCAGUGAGGUCUCCCCCACUGCCUUGCGAGGAGCUUUUGGCACACUGAAUCAGCUGGGUAUUGUCGUGGGUAUCCUGGUGGCACAGGUCUUUGGCCUAGAUGUCAUCCUGGGAACUAAAACUCUCUGGCCAUUGCUGGUCGGAUUAACCGUUGUCCCAGCCGUCUUUCAGUGUGCAGCACUGCCAUUCUGUCCUGAGAGCCCACGAUUCCUGCUGAUCAACAGGAUGGAGGAAGAGAAAGCGCAUGCAGUUCUCCAGAAGCUCCGUGGCACCCAAGACGUGUCGAGUGAUAUUCAGGAGAUGAAAGAAGAGAGCGCCAAGAUGUCUCAAGAGAAGAAAGUGACCAUUCCUGAGCUCUUCCGUUCCCCCAGCUACCGCCAGGCCAUCAUCAUUGCCAUUGUGCUUCAGCUCUCCCAGCAGCUGUCCGGCAUCAAUGCAGUCUUUUACUAUUCUACUGAGGUUUUUGAAGAUGCUGGAGUGAAACAGGCGGUGUACGCUACCAUUGGUGCCGGUGUGGUCAACACCAUCUUUACAGUUGUAUCGCUCUUCCUUGUAGAGCGUGCAGGCCGCAGAACACUCCAUUUGAUUGGCUUAGGAGGCAUGGCCAUCUGUGCUGUCGUCAUGACUAUUUCCUUGGCACUGAAGGGCAUUGUAUCCUGGAUUGGCUACGUCAGCGUUGUUGCCACGUUAGCCUUUGUGGCUCUCUUCGAAAUUGGCCCUGGCCCAAUCCCCUGGUUCAUUGUCUCUGAACUAUUCAGCCAGGGGCCUCGUCCCGCAGCUGUGGCUGUAGCUGGCCUUUCCAACUGGACGUCCAAUUUUCUAGUGGGCAUGCUGUUUCCGAUCCUAAAGAAUGUCCUCAAACAUUAUGUUUUCCUCAUCUUUGUUGGUUUCCUCAUCUUCUUCUUCAUCUUCACCUUCUUUAAAGUCCCUGAGACAAAAGGCCGGACUUUUGAAGAGAUCUCCAGUGGCUUUGAAAGGAGAAGAGAGGAUGGUAUUCUUCCAGCAACCAUGGAAAAGGGGCCAAUGGUGGAACUGACUAGCAUACAGCCCACUAAAGAUGUUGCACCAAAUAUUUAGCAAUGUUCUGUUCUUGACACUUUCUCGGUUCUGAGGAUAAUCCUCACAGGGGGGAAGCAGAGAUACUUUUUUAAUUGCUGCUAUUUCUUCAUUUCCCCGUCAGCCUUUCCUUGUGUGCCAAGGCUCUUGCCACAUGCUAAAACAAGUUAAAUGCAGGGAAACUUGCCUUGCUUACAGUGCUGGAAGGCAAUACGGCUUUAUCAUUCUCCCUACAUUGCUCCUUUCCCUGUCACUCAUUCAUAGAGACCUAAGAAAUGGCUCCCUCCUCCACCUCUAUUUAAUACAUUCUCCUUGCUUCAUUACAUGGGGCGAACCCUGUAUAAUGGGGUUCUGGUCAUUUACAGCUUUGAAGUAAAUUAUUUUCCUGUAAGUGAACUGAUGGCUUCUCCUAUGGUCCUUCUCUUGCCAGAGUGUUUUCUACAGUGUGGAUGUGGGGAAUGGCUGCCCAGAAUUAUUUAAAUCAUGGGUGUGCAUGGGAAAGAGCUAUUUAUUUCAUCAAAUGGGAGUUUGCUUCAUCUUCGGGAAAUAGGGAUAAAGAGAAAAGUCCCGCCCCCUUUUGUACUAUUCGAGAAAAAAUGUUUACUAGAGUUUAUUUAUUCCUGUGUCAUUUUGCUUGUAAAUAUUUAUUUUUAUGUAAAAUAGAAGGACGUGUGGACUGGGAAUCACUAUGACUGUCAAAGCAUUUUGGUGGUAGGCAGUGAAAUACCAAAGAGGAAAAGGUCACUCUGUAGGUGGUGUACGGUCCUGCGGAGAUUGUGCUUAUCACUUUUUAAGGGUCUACUGUGCCGUUAGGAAAACUGAGCCUUGGAGAGAACAAGCCUGUAGUUCUAUGGACGCUUCUGUGCUUGCCAGACUAUUUGGUGAAUGUGUUGAAUACCUGUCGUUAAGUAUUACUUGAACAUUGUAAUGAUAAAGUAAAGAAGGCAUUGCAACUUGAUGGAUUCAGUCAUCCCAUUUCCAGCUUAUAGGCUGGAGGCCAUUUCUUGUAGUGAUUUUUUAAGACAUGAAUGAAUGUCCUGUGGCUGCUAAUGUGUGAACGUAUUAUUCAGGAAGGGGGACAUAAAUGUCUUAUUUCGAGACCCAUCCAGUCUUUAUGGACAUCAGUAUUUGUAGGGUCUCCUAAUUUGCAUUUGCAAUAUGAGAAUUGAACCUUUCUGUGAGGGCAUCCACCUCACACUCUGCACAAGUGAGAAGUGAAAAACCAUCUCCAGCCAUCUCUGGAGGCCUCUCUGUAGGUUCCCCCGCAUUCCUCUUCUUUUCGAAGUAGACACAAUUCUGUAUCACAUUUUCAAGCAUAUUAGGGUCCUGGAAUUCAGUGUCUCUUAAAGGCGUUGUGAAGUAGUAGGAUGACAUUGACCUACUGUGUCUUGUGGCAGUCAUGAUAGUUUAGUGGUUUGUUCUCUCUCUCCCCCUGUCUCUUUUUUUAAAAAGAGUAACACAACAGAUGGUAUUUAUGAAAUUGAAACGAAACUAGUUUUCCAAAAUGUAUUUUUGUAAUUAAUUAUUUUAUUAUUAAAUGAAGUAUGUGGCAAUUUAUUGACAAGAAAUAGCUUUGGGCUGCAGACGAUAGAAUGUAGGAAUAGAGACUAAAGCUACUAAAACUGGAUACUAAAAAGUUGUAACCCCAUUUAUCUGAAGAGCCUGAGAUCUCAAAUAUUUGUUAGCCAGAACUAGGGCUUAUUUUACUUGAGAUUUCGCUAACUCUCGGCUUGCGGGGAAUGUUCUGUUACAGGUACAGAUAUAUGACGUAGUGCAAUAUGCUAGCAUUAUGUUUGUUUUAAUUCAUUCCACUUGAAGAGGAAGCCAGUAUAUAUUCAUGAUCUCUUCCCUGUUCAUGCUCAUUAACCCAGUGGGACAAUGUCCAUACUCAGUGACUGCAUGGGAAGAUGUCUACCCCAUAAUCUUAAACCAGUAGUAAAAAUAAUGUCUCCCUCCCCUCUCCAGGGGAACUCUGGGAACUAUUGCUUUGUGACAUCAUCCCUAGUAUGAUGUGGUCUUCCUUGGGGCAUUGAAUGUUGGGAGGUUUUGAAGGAAGUGAGUGUCUACUGUCUCGGGAGUACCUGUUACAUUCAUAGCUUGGAAGAGCCUCACUUCCAGAACAACUGAAAAGAGAUUGUCAUAAACACUGGAAAUUGUUACCAUCCUUUAUAUUGAUUAUUGCGAAUUAUCUUCAUGUUGCUUCUUUUUGCUGCUCAGCCUGUUACAUAAAACUCUUGAGGGUAAUGAGAUGGUGGUUGCAGUGGGAUGCCUGCAAUCACCCUGAAGCAAGAGAGAGACUGGCAGUCCCAAACCUUCCCUCAUGGCUUGAAACAUUUGGCAUCCAGUAAAGGCAUGAAUAGCCUGUUCUGACACAAUCUCCUUGGGCUUCCAAGAUGGAUGGAAGCCUCUUUUUGUGCAGCAGAAGAGGAGAGGCAGCUUCAAGUGUCAAGCAUUGUGGUUACACUCUUUUAAAAACCCACAAUUUCUUUACCCAAAUAUCUAUCCCCUCACAUCCACUCCCCAUUUUUGGAUCCUGCUUUCUUUUUCUUUUUUGAGUUCACACUUUUUUUAUUUUUUGACCUUCAGUCCCGUCCCCCCCGCAUCUCUUCCAAAUGGGGUGGCAAAAGCAUUCCUGACCUUGCAUUCCACACUUCGUGCAAUGCCUUGGGUUGAAAUUGUGUAACUCACUUGUUCCUUUUUGUUUUCUGUACUGUGAAUAUUUCCAGUGGGUUUUAUAAUUUUUGUUAUUGUGAAUGUGUUGGAUGUUUUUAAAAUAAAAGGUUUCGGUGGAAA